AGGGCGCUGUGAGCACAUGGCUGUAGGACUCUAUGGUUACCGGUAGGCGUGCAAUACUUGUAAUAGUUGCAGCAAGUGGUGGUGUGCGAUAGUGCGGGUGUUAUUGAGGAGAUGGACACUUCACGCACGUGUUUCAGCUCGGAGUCUGACUUCUGCUCGGAUUGCGGCUCGGUGCUGCCCCCUCCUGGUAUUGCGGACACAGUCACCUGCCCACGCUGUUCCCACCGCACACAAGUGACAGAUUUCCUGGGAAAGUAUGUUCAGACAUCUGUAAUGUUUAACAAACUGGACACCAUUGCGCUGUCAAAUGAGGCGGAAGAGACUGGAGCGUUAAAUGGACCCCUGAUUGACAGGCGUUGCUCACGCUGUGGAUAUGAAAAAAUGGUUUAUUACACAAGACAAAUGCGUUCAGCCGAUGAAGGUCAGACGGUCUUCUAUACCUGUGUGCAGUGUCGCUUCCAGGAGAAGGAAGAUUCCUGAUGCCCAUGCUGUACAGCAAGAUUGUGUCUUUUUAUGUAAAUAAAAAAAAUAUUUUGUACUUG